CAGCUAGUGCACAUAUUCAAAAAGGAGCAAACGUGCCAGUCAUGUGACCGGAUCCACCACUACCACUAGCACGACUGCCGGGAUGUGGAGAUUUGAGAUGCCAGACGGGAUGAACGCGUGCUCUUAGUUUUAUUUCUCAUCUCACACAACGUCCAUGUUGAAUCGCCAAACAACUUUGAAGCUUUUUUCGCUAUUUAUUCUGAUGGGUAGUUCCUUAGCUUCCCCGUUGAGUGAACCUUGCGGGGAAAACGAGGAACGAGCCUGUAUGCCCUGCACUGAGCCAAAAUGCUCACAUCCCUACAUCGAAGAGCCCUUCUGCGUUUUCAUUAAAAAGUGUCGGCUUGGAUGUGCCUGCAAAUUCGGAUAUAUUCGCCAUGAUCUCGAUAAUCAAUGUAUUUCCGUUCUGGACUGCAAACUCCCAGUGCGACAGCUCAAUGUUCCCAUUUGGUAAAAUGUAUUUAUUGGAUCAGUGCAUUUCUUCUUAAA